AUGAUGGCGUCGGAGUUUCCCCAGGAGAAGGAAACGUUAAAGGUCAUUCAGAGGAGCGAAAUGGCAAUGGACUUUCCAGAUCUGGUACAGAAUUGGAAAUGACGCACAUCAAUGGAGGCAAAGGUGGAGGGUCCUCAGACAGUGAUGAAGACAAUGGCAAGAAGGAGAAAACAAAAGAGAAAGUCAACAUGGUCGGGAUGCUGGAAGUGUUCCGAUUUUCAGACUGGAAGGACAGAUUGAUGAUGUUUGUUGGAUCAAUUUGUGCCAUUAUCAACGGAGCAGCCCUGCCAGGCAUGAUUAUUAUAUUUGGAGAAAUGAUUGAUAUGUUUGUGGACACUGGAGCACUGAUGACUUUUUUGGUUGAAAGGAUUCCUGAUUUCAUGAACAGCACAGGAUUGACUGUGCAAGAAGUUUUCAAAGAUGUCUCUGUUCUCAAUCCGGGUAAAUGCACAGAGCUGUCGGUGUUCUAUGGAGGAAACAUCACAUGCGCUGAUGUGCCUGUACAAGAAGACAUCCUCGAAACAAUGACAGACUUUGCCAUCUAUUAUUGCAUAAUUGCCGGUGGUGUGAUGUUGACAGCAUACCUUCAAGUGGCAAUGUGGAUGACGGCUGCUGAACGACAGGCCCACAGAAUUCGUCAGGAGUUUCUGAAAAAUGUCCUGAGACAAGACAUUGGGUGGUAUGACACACACGAAGCUGCUGAGCUGAACACAAGACUGGCUGAUGAUGUGACCAAGAUCCAAGAUGGAGUUGGUGACAAAGUCGGAUCUUUUCUUCAAUGGUUUUCUUCUUUUAUCUCUGGAUUUGUCAUUGGCUUUGUGUAUGGGUGGAAGCUCACACUAGUCAUUUUAGCAGUCAGUCCAUUUUUAGUGGGGGCUGCAGGAUUAUUUAGUAAGCUUGCGGCUUCAAUGACGGCUAAAGAGCUGGAGGCCUAUGCCAAAGCAGGUGCUGUUGCUGAGGAAGUGUUUGGAGCAAUCAGGACAGUAGUGGCGUUUGGAGGACAAGAGAAAGAGGCGAAGCGUUACUCUGGUAACCUCAGUGACGCAGAGGCCUUUGGUGUGAAAAAAGGAUUCACUAAUGGAGCAUCUAUGGGUUUCAUCUGGCUUGUCAUCAUGUGUUGUUAUGCUUUGGGAUUUUGGUAUGGAGGAAAACUCGUUAGAGAGGAUAGCGACUACGAUGUCAGCAACAUGAUUAUUGUCUUCUUCAGCGUUCUGAUUGGUGCUUUCUCCCUGGGAAAUGCAGCUCCAAAUAUUCAGUCACUCGCCACAGCUAGGGGUGCAGCUUUCACAGUGUUCAACCUCAUUGACUUGAAAUCUGCCAUUGACAGCAGUUCAGAUGAAGGGGAACGGCCUUCUUCUGUCAAGGGAACUAUCCAGUUUCGCAACAUUGGUUUUGCGUAUCCGUCCCGCCCAGAAGUUACAGUGAUGAAUAAUUUGAGCCUAGAGGCCUUGCCUGGACAAACAGUGGCUCUCGUGGGAGCCAGUGGAUGUGGCAAAAGCACAACUGUCCAACUGCUGCUGCGCUUUUACGACCCUCUGCAGGGACAAAUUUUCUUGGAUGGCAAGGACAUUAAAGACCUAAACAUCAAGUGGUUGCGUCGCAACAUUGGACUUGUGAGUCAAGAACCUGUGCUGUUUGCAACAACCAUAGCAGAAAACAUUCGGUAUGGACGAGAAGACGUCACAAUGGAAGAAAUCAUCCAGGCUGCCAAGAAUGCUAACGCUUAUGAUUUCAUCAUGAACCUGCCUCAAAAAUUUGACACUUUGGUUGGAGAGAGGGGUGCUCAACUCAGUGGUGGACAAAAGCAGAGAGUUGCUAUUGCAAGAGCCCUCGUGAGGAACCCCAAGAUCCUUCUGUUGGAUGAGGCUACUUCAGCACUUGACACUGAGAGUGAAUCCAUUGUGCAGGAUGCAUUAGACAAGGCGCGUGAAGGGAGAACAACUCUUGUUAUUGCUCAUCGGCUGUCAACCAUCAAAACAGCAGAUAUCAUCUGUGGCAUUGACAACGGAGUUGUUGUGGAAAAAGGAACUCACAAUGAUUUGAUGGCCAAACAAGGAAUUUAUUAUCAGCUUGUGACAAAUCAGUCUAAAGCAAAAAGCGAAGAGGCUAUCCAAGAUGAUGAGUUGGAAGAAGUUGUAGAGAAAAUGACAGACAGACAUAAAAUACAGCGGACUGUUUCCACUCCAAAGCGAGAAAUGUCAGAAUCUGACACCAAAAAAGCGGAAAAAGAAGAGGAUGAGAAAUUGCCUAAUGCCCCUUUCUCUCGGUUGCUCAAGAUGAAUGCACCAGAAUGGCACUUCAUUCUAUUGGCUUGCUUUGGAAGCAUUAUCAAUGGUGGGGUCCAGCCUGCUUUUGCUGUGAUUUUCAGUGAAAUCCUAAAGGUGUUCUCAGAUACCCCAAGUGAACAAGAGAGGUUGAUUAAAAUAUAUGCUCUGAUCUUUGUUGGAAUUGGUGUGGUCAGCCUGGUUACAAUGUUCAUACAGGGUUAUUUCUUUGGAAAAUCUGGAGAAAAACUGACCACCAGACUUAGGAACCACACAUUCCAGUCUAUGUUAAAACAGGAUAUUGCUUGGUAUGAUGACCACAAGAACAGUGUUGGUGCUCUGACCACCCGGCUAGCUACAGAUGCAUCUCUUGUCCAAGGGGUGACUGGUGUGAGGCUUGGAAGUGUUCUGAUGAGUCUUGCGAAUAUGGGAACAGCCAUCGUUAUUUCUUUCUUUUAUGGCUGGAAACUCACCCUUGUCAUUCUUGGCUUCAUGCCUUUUAUUGUGUUGGGUGGAAUAAUGCAGAUUAAACUGUUAGCUGGACAAGCUGGGAAAAACAGAGAAGCCCUAGAAGGCGCUGGAAAGGUAGCAACAGAGAGUAUCGAGAACAUUCGCACUGUAGCGUCUUUGUCAAAGGAGCCAACAUUCUUCAGCCUGUACAUGGACCAGCUUGAGACUCCGUACAAAGCAGCUCUGAAGAGGGCCCAUCUGGUUGGCCUCACUUAUGCCUUCUCACAAUCCAUCAUCUACUUUGCUUAUGCUGCUGCGUUUGUGUUUGGAGCCUACCUUAUUGAGGAGAAUGAGAUGGAGUAUUCAGAAGUGUUUUUGGUGUUUGGAGCUAUUGUCUUUGGAGCUAUGGGCCUUGGAAAUGCAUCUGCCUUUGCUCCUGAUGUGGGAAAAGCCCAGACCGCAGCAAAACGAAUUCUUCAUUUAAUUGACAGCCAACCAUCCAUUGACUAUUCUUCCCCUGACGGCAAUAAACUUCCUAAUAAUUUCAAUGCUGAGGUGACGUUCCAGUCUGUGAGGUUCCGAUAUCCAACCCGCCCCACAGUGGAAGUCUUGCAAGGACUCAGCUUCUCCGUAUCUCCAGGCGAGACCCUUGCCCUUGUGGGUAGCAGUGGGUGUGGCAAGAGCACCUCCAUACAGCUCAUUGAGCGCUUUUAUGACUCAGAAGAUGGUGCUGUGUGCUUAGAUAAGAAUGAUGUGAAAACCCUCAACAUCCAGUGGCUGCGAGCACAGAUGGGCCUUGUGUCUCAGGAGCCUGUCCUGUUUGACUGCUCUGUUGCUGAGAACAUCGCCUACGGAGAUAACAGCAGAGUGGUGUCGAUGGACGAGAUCAUCAGUGCUGCACGAGCAGCAAACAUUCAUAAUUUUAUCUCAAAUUUGCCCGAUGGUUACAACACUAAUGUGGGAUCAAAAGGCACCCAGCUCAGUGGUGGUCAGAAGCAAAGAGUGGCCAUAGCACGAGCUCUGUUGAGAAACCCCAAGAUCCUUCUUCUUGAUGAGGCAACCUCUGCCCUGGAUACAGAGAGUGAAAAGAUUGUCCAAGAAGCCCUGGACCAGGCAAGACAAGGCCGCACAUGUGUUGUCAUAGCUCACAGACUUUCCACCAUUCAGAAUGCAGAUAAAAUCUGUGUGGUCAGUCAUGGGAAGGUCACAGAGACUGGCACUCACCCUGAGCUGAUGGCAAAACAAGGGUUCUACUACAAACUUGUGAAGAAUUCUAUGAGACAGUGAGCUGAGUGCUGAACUAAAUGUAUGUGAGAGAGAGAGAGAGAGAGAGAGAGAGAGAGAGAGAAAGAGAGAGAGAGAGAGAGAGAGAGAGAGAGAGAGAG